CACACACCGGUUACAUUACACCGUGGAAACGCUGCGUGAGCGCUGUGGAAGUCGCUCCUCCACGCUGCUUUAUUUUUAAACAAAACAUCACAUUUCUCUUUACCUACUUGUGAUUUUAUGUCAUGUUUUUUCUCACUGUGGAUGUUUGCUGACGACUGGAUUGGUCCUACGUGUGUGUGUGCACAUCCACUCACUGGUGCACUUUUUUUCCUUUUGUUUUUCCUCUUUUUUUUUUUUUUUUUACUUUUCCACUGGGACUAUUACUUUUGUUUUGGUUUCCACAGGACUACACAUUUAAAAGUUGUGUAUAAUUGAAAAAGAACAACAAAAAAAACAUGAAGUCGUCCUGAAUUAGUCCUGUUAUUUUUAUUUGGAAAGGUGGAGGGGAACGCCACACGGAAUCCUUAAAGUGGGACUUCCCACUUUCCAACAUUUAGUUACUGUUUUGAUUGUUUUCCCUUUUUUAUUUUUGAUCGUGGGUGCAAAAAGAGAGGCAGCAUGCCCCAGUUGUCAGGAGGCGGCGGCGGCGGCGGAGGUGCAGGAGACCCGGAGCUGUGCGCCACGGAUGAAAUGAUCCCCUUCAAAGACGAAGGAGACCCGCACAAGGAGCAAAUCUUUGCCGAGCUCAGCCACUCCGAGGAGGAGGGCGACCUGGCGGACAUCAAGUCCUCGCUGGUCAAUGAGUCAGAGGGCAGCCCAAACAGCAACAGUCAUGAUGCGGUGAGACAGUCCCAAGACUCCUAUCAUGAAAAACACAGAGACCAUCCCGAUGACGGGAAGCAUCAGGACAUGUACAACAAAGGCCAUCCGUAUCCCAGCUACUCGAGCUACAUCAUGAUGAGCAACAUGAACGAUUCCUACAUGACCAAUGGCUCCCUCUCGCCGCCCAUGCCCAGAACGAAUAUGCUGUGGGCCAAUAAAAAAACGAGCUGCGGGCCGCAAAUGGCCCCGAGGCAGGACUUUGGACACUCCUGGUUUAGGUCCAACAAAGUACCCGUGGUGCAGCCGUCCCAUGCAGUCCAUCCGCUCACCCCGCUGAUUACGUACAGCGACGAGCACUUCGCUCCAGGUUCCCAUUCCGGCCAUCACCCCCAGGAUGCCAAACAACAAGGAAUGUCAAGGCAUCACCCCGGACCAGACAUGUCCAACUUCUACUCACUGUCCCCUGGAGGAGUCGGACAGAUCACACCGCCGCUGGGAUGGUUCUCCCACCACAUGGUCCCCGGACCACCAGGUCCUCACGCCACAGGGAUCCCCCACCCAGCCAUCGUCAACCCCCAGGUCAAACACGAACCCCUGCACGAAACGGACAUCAUGCACAUGAAGCCCCCGCACGAACAGAGAAAGGAGCAGGAGCCCAAAAGACCGCACAUCAAGAAGCCGCUAAACGCCUUCAUGCUUUACAUGAAAGAGAUGCGCGCCAACGUGGUCGCCGAGUGCACGCUGAAAGAGAGCGCCGCUAUCAAUCAGAUCCUGGGACGUAGGUGGCACGCUUUAUCUCGGGAAGAGCAAGCUAAGUAUUAUGAGUUAGCCCGCAAGGAACGGCAGCUCCACAUGCAGCUCUACCCUGGCUGGUCUGCUCGAGACAACUAUGUAAGUACCAACAGUACAGAUCUGCAGCGGUGCGUGUGCAGGUGUGUGUGUGAGAGAGAAAGAGACACUAGUUCUUUCAAAAAGCCUCACAAUACUCACACAAUAGUCCUCUCUGCAUGCUUAAUGGGCUCCAUUUGGGGGACUCUUUGUUUCAGCCUAAUGUGUAAUUCAUGUCGUCCAUGCUGUCAUAUCCACAUAGAGAUAGAUUGUAGCAUCUUUUUUUUUUAUCACCCUGCUAAUGAUUACACCAGUGUUUGAUGUGUUCUUUUUAAUAGCAAAGGAACUGUUUGCUGCAUUGUACGUUCAUCCGCAGAAACCUUUGCCUCCUGCAGCUGCCUGCUUUGUCUUUCCAGAUGUAGCAUAGCAUAGUGAUGCCAUGUGUGUGUGUGUGUGUGUGUGUGUGUGAGACAUUUCUGCGACAGAGUGAGCACCAGCUUUUAUUAAAAGUGUGGCUCCGGCACUCACGUUCACUCCACCACCAAAAAGUGCUUUGUGGUGUUUAUCUGCCUCCCCUCGGACAUCCACGCCAUCCCUCCCUCUUCCUGCCUCCACCUGCUCCCGCCGCCAGAGAAAUGUCUCGCUGAGAGGAAGACGCUAUCGCAGCCGUGUUUCCUCUUUCAUUCUUCCAAUUAAAAGCUGCUUUAUUUAGUUAUUGUUUUACCCCCCAAUGAAUUCUGAGGACAACGUCUUCCCAUAGGAAAUAGCAGAAAUCAAAAUAAUCAGUUCCAGAGCCACGAUAAACAUUUAUCAACUUUUCCAGCAAAGUCACACUUUACAAGUGUAAAAAUACUUGCUAUAAACUAUGAAUAGAUAAAACUUCUGACCCCCUAAUAACUGAAAUAUAGCGGUUAAGGAAGGCCAGCUGAUGGCCACACUGCAAAAAGUCAGUGUUCAAAAACAAGAAAAAAAUACAAAAAUGAGGGGUAUUUUAUUUGAACUAAGCAAAAUUAUCUGCCAAUAGAACAAGAAAAUUCGGCUUGUCAAGACUUUCCAAAACAAGUAAAAUUAAAGCUGCAAGCAGCGUUGGUCGGGCCCGCGUAUUUGGCAGGUGCUAGUCCUAAGUGUCCCAAUACUUUUGUCCAGUUUUAGUCCCAAGUGUCCCAAUACUUUUGGCAAGUUGUAGUCCUAAGUGUCCCAAUACUUUUGGCAAGUUGUAGUCCCAAGUGUCCCAAUACUUUUGUCCAGUUUUCGGCCUAAGUAUCCCAAUACUUUUGUCCAGUGGUAGUUAUAAGUGUCCCAAUACUUUUGUCUACUUUUAGUCCUAAGUGUCCCAAUACUUUUG